AGCUUGUGUUUGUAUUGUUAAAUUAACAUGGAAGAGGGAAAAGGAACAGUAUGUGUUACAGGUGGUACUGGCUUUAUUGGAUCAUGGAUCAUCAAGAGACUGCUUGAGGACGGUUAUUCUGUUAAUGCAACCAUUAGAUCUCACCCAGAUUUGAGCUUCCUCACAAAUCUACCAGGGGCAUCUCAAAAGCUUCAAAUAUUCAAGAACGCAGAACUAAACAAUCCAGAUAGUUUCAAGGAAGCCAUUGAAGGGUGCAUGGGAGUGUUCCAUGUGGCUACCCCAUUGGAUCUUGAUGACCCUGAAGAAGUAUUGACAAAAAGAUCAAUUGAUGGAGCAUUGGGCAUUUUAAAGGCAUGCCUUGCUUCAAAAACUGUGAAGAGAGUUGUUUACACUUCUAGUGGCGUUACUGUUUCUUUCGAUGGCAAAAAAGAUGAUGAUAAUGAUGAUGAAGUGAUGAAGGAUGAGAAAUGUUGGAGUGACAUAGAAUAUCUUAGAAGCUUGAAGACAUCAUUGGGAUGGUGGUCUUAUGCGAUUUGUAAGACAUUGACAGAGAAGGCAAUGCUUGAAUUUGGAGAACAAAAUGGAUUAGAAGUUGUAACUUUGCUUCCCACUCAUGUUCUUGGAUCCUUCAUCUGUCCUAAGCUUCAUGGCUCUCAUCGCACUACCUUGGAUUUGGCAUUUGGUGGGGGGGACUCAGGGGCUUACUUACAGACACCUGUAGUGCAUGUGGAUGACGUGGCAAGGGCCCACAUAUUUCUGCUUGAACAUCCCAAUCCAAAAGGGAGGUAUAUUUGUUCAGCUUGUUCGGUAACUAUUGAAGACAUAUAUGAAAUUCUAUCUGUCAAAUAUCCAGAAUUUCAAAUACCAACCAGAGAAUAUUUGAAGGAGAUGAAAGGUCCCAAAUUUUCAUCUCCAUCAUCAAAGAAGCUCAUGGACGCUGGGUUUGAGUUCAAGUACGGGGUUGAGGAAAUAAUUGUUGAUUCAAUUGAAAGCUGCAAAGAAAAUGGUUAUUUAUAAAUGUUUUUAUCAUAUAUAUGUUUCAUGUAUAUCCAAACAAUUAUGUGACCUAUGUGAAGUGUACCACAAAUAAGGAAAUUUUCCACUAUAUGUUCUUUUUAUCUAUUAAAAAUGAAAGGUCCCAAAUUUUCAGAUCUGUCAUAAAAGAAUCUCAUUGAUGCUGAAUUUGAGUUCAAGGAUGGGUUCCGAAGAA